UUACAUAGAUUAGGAUAUUCUCAUAAAGAUUUUCAUAGUGGAAAUAUAUUACAAUUUAAUGAUUAUAGAUCUUACAUAUCAGAUUUCGGAUUAUCAGGACCAUCAAAUAAACAAAAAUCAGAUGAUAAAAUAUGUGGAGUAUUACCAUAUAUUGCCCCAGAAGGAAUAAAGAACCAUAUACAUCAUCUUCAGAUAUUUACAGUUUUGGUGUAAUUAUGGCUGAAUUAUCUUCUGGAAAGCCACCUUUUUAUGAAAGAAAACAUGAUAUUAGCUUAGCAUUAGAAAUAUGUAAUGGACUCAGACCAGAAUUUGGAAAAGGGACUCCUGAAAUUUAUAAAAAACUAGCUUAUAAAUGUAUGAAUGCUAAUUCAAAUCAAAGACCAACGGCCAGUGAAUUGGAAAAUAUAAUUUUUUUUUGGGUCUGUUCUUUUAAUUACUCUGAAGAUUAUAAAGAAAAAGAAAAAUUUGGAUAUAAAGGAAAAGAAAUUAAAGCUAUAUUUGAAGAAGCUGAUAAAGAAAUACCAAAUAUUUCAACUUCAUAUAAAACUAAUUCUGAUGCAAUAUAUACUAGUAGAUUAUUUUCAUUCAACAAUUUAACAAAACCUGUUAAUUCAUCUAUUAUUACUUCAUAUCUUGAUGAUGAUGAAAAUAAUGAAGAUAAUCGAGAUUCUCAAUUAGUUGAUUUAGAAGUUUCUAGCUCAUUAUUACAAUCAAAAGAUGAUAUCAAUGAUAAUGAAAAUAAUUUUGAUGAGUAA